CAUGUCCAGUGACUGCCCCAGCCAGGGAAAAGUAGAUCCAAGAAACUGCAGAUGCUGAAGGCUGUUCAUGGUGGACUGUAGCCUGUUGGCCAUAAGAUCACAGUAGCCGUCGAAGUAUACUGCCAUCAUGCAUACACGACGAUUCAUCACAGAUGUUGUCAUUGCUUUCACCAAUGAGCCAUUUAUCGUCCAUGAUUCUGAGGGGUUGGUGACCGAGAAAGAGGCGUAGGAUCGUCUCCAGUGGCCACCCUGGUUCUAAAAGCAGACAAUUCCUGUAUCAGAGCCGUCCACUGGCAUGGGCCCCGCGAUCGACGGUGGUACGACGACCGCCACGCCUCCGUCUUUUUCUGCUUCCCUCGCGCGCGCUCUUAUUCCACUACUCUGGUGAAGGAGGUCAGACUCCGGACCAUGGUGGAGUCCUCGAGGCGGCACGGGAAGGGAAGCCGAAGCCCCACGUCCGGUGCAGGUGCCGCCGCCUCUUCUGAUGCUCCUCCUCCGGAGAGGGAGACGGGGAAGAUGCGGAUCGUGGACUUCCUCCACGAGCCUCACGAAGGGGACGACGUACUGGGCGAUGUCGGGUCUCCGCAAAGGGGAGACCUUUUCUGUAUCGAUUCUUCGGGUAGCCCCCUGCGGAAGUUCCUCCCUAGGUGGCGGCUCUUUCCCUUCCAGAAGCCGUCGCUCUGCAGCCGCGGUGGAGAGACGAGACCGGGAUCGGGCCAUACGGUACCGUCACCUCAUAAGAAGAUGAAGGGGAGGGAAAGAGGAGCGGAGCAGAAGGAUGAUGCAAAAGAAAAGUCGAAGAUGGCUGAGGGGAUCGACGGAAGGGAUUGCGUCCGCUCGCUGGACCCUCCCGCAGGACCUAGGAAACCUGAAGAGGUAUCUUUUAACCUAGGAAUGGGAAUAGGUAUGGCUCUCGCACUGUCCAGGUGGUCCACCGAAUUCAACAAAAUGACAGAGCUCCGGGUUCAAAUGGAAAUGUUGCUCAAAGAAAUUAAAGAAGAAAUUCCAAAGAAAGACACUGGUUUUGGCAUCAUAAGAUCAAACCAUAAUUUUGUCUCUUCAUUAUCGGAUUGUAGCAGGGAUGUCAGUGAAUACAACCCUAUCUUCUUCCAAAAUCACAGGGCAGAUUUUCAUAUGGAAGAGGCGAAGUCAACUGUGGAAUCUGAUAGGCAUUCAAAUAAUGAGCUUGACAAUGAGAACCGAAGUAUGGAUCAACUGGAAGCAGAGCUAGCAUUCGAACUAGGGCAGCUGCAACUGAGCUUAGGAGGGAAGGAUUCUAUGAAACUCUCAGAACAAGAGAGAAUAGAGUUAGCCCAUGAAGAGGCAAGUACUUCUGAAAGUCAUGAACCUUCAGAUGAAAACCACAAUGUUCAUUGUGGUGUUCCUGCAAGCGAACUGGAGAGAAGGUUGUACGAACUUAUAUGCUCGAGACAAGAGGAACGGAUUGCAGAGUUAGAAUCUGCGCUGGAAUUCACCAGGAAAAGGCUUGUUGAAAAAGAAAUCAAAGUUUCUUGGUGGAAGGACACAGGGAUGCUUGCUUCACCUUCACUACAACACGAAGAAGAGAUGCUUUCUGUAAAUUUGUGUGAUAGUGAGAGAGAGAGAGAGAGAACAUGAAGUCUUCUCAUCAUUGGUUGAUUUGGAGUGGCACAGAAGAGCAAGGAGAUCUUGCAUGAAACGCUGGAACCUGGAGUGCCGUUGCUGGUGUUCUGUGACAUGGUGAGAGACGGUGUGAUGCUGCGGAUUGAUCUUGAUAAUGCAUCCAAGAUGAAGAGGUCACUGUUGCAGCUUAGAUGGUUCAGAUUCCUCGAUGCCUGCCCGCAUGGUAAGAGCAAGUAAAAUGCAGAUCUAUCUUGAUCUAUCUGCCCCCAUCAUUAUUGACAUGUAUCACGUGAAAGUUUCUCGGGCCACUUUGACGUUGUAGAGUGAGUAGUGUCAAAAGGUGACGCCACGAUCUUUCUUCUUUGUCCUUCUGAUGUUUGCUGUACUGCAGAGCUUUUAGUCAUUAAGCAGGUCAGGUUGGUGACGAUGCUUGCUGCUGCCCUCCUCCUCGUUCUUUGUUGGAGAAUUAGAGCCUUGGGCCAUCUCUGACAUCCCUCUGCUUCGAUAUGUUGACUAGAAAGUCAACACGUUGACUUGGCAAUAACCGAAGCACGGUUUCCCACUCCUCCGAGCAGAUCAAAAGACGAAGUGUGUGUUUUGUGUCAAUCAAACAACGCAUGUUAAGUCAACCGAGUCUUUUUCCGCUAUUUGGAAUGAGUGGCGUUUUAGGCAUCAUGUAACUUCCCACACAAGAGGGUCCCACGGAAAUCCUAUCGCUGCCUCCAAUCAUGAAGCGAUUAGGUUGAUAGGGUAUAUAAUUAGCGGGUGCGAAUGGUGUUUGCUCUAUUUAAUUUAUUUUCUUGGGCUAAAGAAAACACAGAUUUAUUUUGUGUCGGUGAUGGCGGUCGGAAACGCGAUUCUCGGCACUCUCGAUUCCCCUUCUUUGAAAUAUCUAUUUAAACCCGCCCAACUUUCCCUCCAUUUCCUCUCAUCCCUCCUCUGUCUCUCUCGCUCGUUCGCUCUCGAGAACCCUAAACAUCUCUCCCACUUCCCCGUUCCUCUCUCGCGAUUCUUGGGUUUCGAUCCUCUCUCCGCCAAGAACGAGGGUUCUCUCUGGCUCGCCCUCCCGGGGUUUCAUAUGCUGCGCCCCCUCCCCAGCUCCGUGGCCGAUCCGAUCCCCGGCGCAAGAUGUCGAAAGAGAAAGUGGAGAACGGCGACGUCGAGAUCCGCGAUGUGUGGGCCAGAAACCUCGAAUCUGAGAUCUACGUGAUCCGAAACAUCGUCGGCGACUUCCCUUUCAUCGCCAUGGACACCGAGUUCCCCGGCGUCAUCAUCCACGACACCGGGGCCUUCCAGGAGCUCGCCGACGCCAACUACCAGUACGUCCGCGCCAACGUCGACCGCCUCCACCUCCUCCAGCUCGGCCUCACCUUCUUCAACGCCGCGGGCAGCCUCCCCGCCUCCCCCGACUCCGGCCGCCCCAUCGUCUGGCAGUUCAACUUCCGGGAGUUCGAUGUCGGCCGCGACCCCUCCUCCGCCCAUUCCGUAAAAUUCCUCGAGAAAACCGGGAUGGACUUCAAGAAGAACCAGGAGGAAGGUGUGGACGUGAAGUUGUUCGCGGAGCUCUUCAUCCCCUCCGGCACCGUUCUCGACGACUCCGUCUACUGGGUAGCUUUCCAAAGCGCCUUUGACUUCGCGUACCUGCUAAAGAUCCUCACUUGUAAGCCGUUGCCGGAGACUCGGGAAGGGUUCUUCGAAAUCCUCCAAAAGUUCUUCCCCCUCUUGUACGACAUCAAGCGCGUGAUCCAUUUGAAUGACAAUUUCCACGGAGGCCUCAACUCGCUAGCUACCUUGUUGGGGAUCGAGAGGGUCGGAAUCGCCCACCAUGCCGGCUCCGAUAGCUUCGUCACGGCCAUGGUCUUCCUCAAGCUGCGGGGCCACCCCGUUGUUGGGUCCAUGGAGAAUUAUGUCGGCUUGGUGUUUGGUUUGGAUGCGGAGACUGCACAGAUUUUUAGCAAGAAGUCAUGAAUUAGUGAUCCGAGAAAGGAAGGAGGUUUUCCUCUCACCUCAUCUUGCAGGUACGGUUCCUAACCGAAGAAACAUGUCUUCUUCCAUAGCUUGUUUCUCCUGCUGUUUCUUCCCGUCCACCUUAGAAGAAUGCUAUAUACUGAUGAUGGUGCUUCUUGGUUUCUUUUUGUGGAUAAUGGUGAAUAGUUGUGAUCUUUUUUGGUU